AUGGGGAAGGACAGAGUGUUUCCCUUCAAAGGACCCGAUCGAGCUUAUAUCGAUUAUCUCGAGCGUCGUCUGGUGACUGCUCUGUCAAGCCUGAGACUUGACCAGGGCGGACUUUCAGCGCCCGCGCCCUAUGCUUCUCACGCUCACAACCUGUCCACAGGUGGCUAUCAGUUUAUUGAGUGUAAUCCACAGGCUGCUAAGCAGGCGCAACCAGACAAACCCGCAACACCCGCAACAUGGAGCAAACAGUUUCAUAACUUCCUCAAAGCCCUUCCCACCGAAGCCGGGUGGCUCGAAGCACGAAGAAGGGCGGGCGUUGAUACACCGGUCCGGAAUCAGAAUGCCUUGAAAUCAAUAUUAGGCAAUGCCGGCGUGGUCAUUUUCCAUGGCCAAUACCCAAGCCCCGGAUACCAAAUCCCCUCCCUCCCCUCAAGGCUACCUACAGAUUCCGAGAUGUUGGUCGUAAGGGGUUAUCAGUAUGGAAACUUCGUCUCUCACUGCGGCCAAGACCGAGAUUUUGCCGAAACUGUGGCCACGUUUCAGGACCUAGUCUUUUGCUCCUACUGCGAGGUCAUGAUUAAAGCCGGUGUUUCCCUUCAAGUAACCAACGACACUAUGAGGCAAUAUACGGGCGCCGAUAAAAGUGACCUGACUUUAGAGCGGUAUCGUCGAGGGGCCGUCUGGGCCAAUCGCUGUAUGGCAGCACUGUUCGAAAAUGGAUGGGGACAUCGGAGCUGGGAGCUUUUCCUUCUCGGUAUGUUCUUGCGGCAGUCUUGCUGCAGUCUUUGUAUCGCCCUUGCUAACGGAAGCUACGUUAGGGGGUCAAACGUCGUCGCAGCUCGCCGCGUUUCCCACGCACAAUGCCAGCAGUUUUAA